AUGGAGAAGUAUUUUCCGAUUGACAUUCGCAGUAAGAAAGAGAUUGAGUUCCUUGAGAUGAAGCAAGGAAAAAUGACCAUGGCUAAUUAUGCAUCUAAGUUCAAGAAGUUGUCUAGGUUUUACCCUCACUACAAUGGGGUAGGAGCUGAAGGUUCCAAGUACUUAAAGUUUGAGACUGGGUUGCAUCCUAAGAUCAAGCAGUUAAUUGGUCAUCAAGAGAUUCGCCAAUUCUUAGUGUUUGUUAAUAAAGACAGGAUCUACGAUAAGGAUAAUCAUGCUAGGUUAGCUCACUACAAGAGUGUUAGUGAGAUGAAGAGUGGAAAUCAAAAUCGUGGUAAACCUUAUAGAGAUCCAUCUAAUAAGGGAAAUCAGAUGUUUUAA